AUGUGGUUGUUGGAUGGUGGAAUAAGGACAAGUGUGAACGACCUCGUGAAGACAUAUGAGAGUAGUAAGAUUCAGGAGAGCAAGAGCGCGAUCGCGUCCCCACAGGUGAUGGUGAUCUGGAGGGUGGUACCAUUUUCGGUUCAACAAGGGAGGUGUGGGCAGGGUUGGCAGGUCAUCGUCAUCGUCAUUUCAGCACUGCUCUCUCUCCCACUCCUGAUCUCUCUCCUUCUCCAUCCCAAUCGCCACGUGCUUGCCAUCCGGGCCCAUGUUCCCAAGACCAUUCAUCCUUGGGUGGCUCCUCUUGAGAAUCCUGCAUCCGAGGUUGCCUUGUGGUUGUGGUUAUUGUUGGUGGUGGUGAUGCAAAAGGGAUGUAGGAGUCAGGUUGUUGAGAAUGCAGAUGAGAGCAAGAACAAGAUCAAACUUGGAUCACUACACAAAGUCGAUAGUGCACACAGGAUUUUUGACCUCCUUGCACCAUCUUGGGUAACCGGGCCAAGCCAUCUGUUGAGCCAGACACUCGUCAACUUGGCGCAUGGCUGUGUUCAGACUGGGCGCCUUCAGCCCAUGAGACAUGCAGAGGCGGUCCAUCGUCCUCAAUGUUGUCAAUAUUGCCACGCUUGCACCUCGAUCUGGUGUGAGAAGCGUGCAUGGUUAGUGUUCAAAUGUCAGCGUUGA